AUGGCCACAAAGUUUUUGAGCAGAUAUAAAUUUGGAGCAAAUAUCUCAGUUCGGAGGGCUUUUCGUGCUUACAAGGUCAAGGAAUAUGAAGCAAUGUUUAACUCCCUCAAGCAUGUUAAGCCUGUCAAUUUCAUUACAAAUAAGGAAGAAGACAUGUCUAUUCUUCAUGAUGCUGCUUACAAAGGAGAUUUUGAGUGCAUUGAUGUGCUCAAGGAACUUCCGUAUUUUGAAGAAAUCAUUAAUGAUAACACUAAUGUCCAUGAAUGGACCCCUCUUUUGUGGGCAACGGCUAAGAAUAAUUUUGGUAUGGUCAAGAAAUUGUAUAAAUUGGGAGGAAAUAUGAUCAAACCUAAGAAAGAUGGCUUGACUUGCCUACAUAUAUCAGCAACUAAUAACAAUGUCCAUAUUCUGAACUAUUUGUUAGAAAAUAGACCUACUAAAUCUAUCGACAUUGAGAAUGCCGAGGGAUGGACUCCUGCCCAUUUCGCUGCCUUUAUGAAUGCAUAUGACUCUCUGAAUCUACUGAUCGAGCAUGGAGCAAAUCUUUGGCACAAACAUCAGCAUAACCAUGAUGUUUUUGAAGAGAUUAUAAGAUCAAAUGACGAAAACUUCCUAGGAUGAGUUUAUGAUAUCUAUACUUCUAAGAAAAGAGACUUAACCCAAAAGCAAAGCUACAGUCUGAUGCACUUAGCAGCAGGAACAGAUGCAUUCAAAAUUGUGGAAUUCCUCGCUUCUCAAGGAGAAAAUAUUAACCAAAUUUGAAAUUAUAAGGACAAAGCAACUCCUUUACACUUCGCGAUGCUGAGUAACAAUUUUUCAAGUGGCAAGAUCUUGCUUAAAUGGGGUGCCAAGCCUAAUUUACAGGAUAAUUUAGGCAAUACACCUUACCAUUUUGCAGUGACUUCAAAGAAUAGACAAUUGCUUCAGCUUCUGGAAGACCAUAAGGGCAAUGCCCUCAUAGAGAACCAUGAUGGAAUGAAUGCAAUCGAUUUAGCGGGAAUAGAAAAUAUUAGAGCAGCAAAGCUUUUCUUCUUGAAUUAUCCAAAAUAUAAAACAUUCAUGGCAGAGAACGGAUAUUAA